UGUUGAAUUUUAAAAGCAAAGGAAAGCAGAAAAGCUGGUUCCUCUCCACACGGCGUGGAUUAUUUUCAUUUUUCUCCGUCAACUUUCUCGGAAACCAAACAUCCCUUUUGUCAGACUCCUUUAUUUUUUGUUUAGAACUUGAGAUUGUUCUGUAAACUGAAACUUCUUACUCACUUCCUCAGUUCUUCUUCUUCGUUAAUCAUAUUAUUAUUCUGCAACACAACACAAGAUCUUCUUCUGCUUCUUCAUUCAGACGUUCAUCAAAAACUUCAUCUGCUUAAUUAUCUGACAGAGCAUGUGCUGUUUGGCUUCUGGAUCGUUCAAGAAACUUCACUAGCGUGAAAUGAAUUCGGAAUUGCGAUGCUGAAUUGUUGAGUGAGGCAUUUGAGUUUAUUUUCAAGUUCCUGUGUUUUCUGCUGGUUUCUCAAGUCAAGAAUUGAGCUAUUUAAGGGAAAAUGUCUGGGACAUCCAAGGUUCUGCCUGCUCUCCACUCUAUCAAAUCGUUGCCUCCCAAGUUCAAGAUUACCACUGGUAAUCCGACUUCUGGUCUAAUGGAAAACCACGGAGUUGCUAAGCUGAGAAGCAGUGAUGUGAUCGGAUCAGGUAGUCCAGAAAACGAUGCUUUGAUAGGGGAGGUUGCUGAGGAAGCUCGGGACUGUGUUGCUGACGUGGGUGUUUACGAUGAGGACUUGGUGUACAGCAGAAAAUGUGUGUCGUUAGAAGACAGGCCAUCAAUUGCUGAUGAAGACUUAGAAUCUGUUCCUCUGUCCUUCCCAUCAAUUUCAAUCUCCUCUGGGGAACGCAGGUGGAGUGAUACGACACCUUAUGCUUCAAAGAAGAAGCUUCAGUCUUGGUUUCAACUUCCAAAUGGGAAUUGGGAGCUGGGGAAGAUAAUAACAACUUCUGGAAAUGAAUCCAUCAUUUCACUGCCUGACAGGAAGGUUUUGAAAGUGAAAGAAGAAAGUUUAGUACCAGCAAAUCCUGAUAUCCUUGAUGGGGUGGAUGACCUCAUGCAACUUAGUUAUUUAAAUGAACCGUCAGUUUUAUACAACCUGCAAUAUAGAUACAAUCAAAACAUGAUUUAUACAAAAGCAGGGCCUGUUUUGGUUGCUAUAAAUCCCUUUAAGAAAGUUCCUCUAUAUGGUAAUGAUUAUAUUGAAGCCUACAAGCGUAAAGCAAUUGAAAGCCCUCAUGUAUAUGCAAUAGCAGACACGGCCAUCCGGGAAAUGAUACGAGAUGAAGUUAAUCAAUCUAUAAUUAUAAGUGGUGAGAGUGGAGCAGGGAAGACUGAGACAGCAAAAAUAGCAAUGCAGUACUUGGCUGCCCUUGGUGGUGGAAGUGGAAUAGAGUAUGAGAUUUUAAAGACUAAUCCAAUACUAGAAGCCUUUGGUAAUGCAAAAACAUUGAGAAAUGACAACUCAAGUCGUUUUGGAAAGCUCAUUGAGAUUCACUUCAGUGAAACUGGAAAAAUCUCCGGUGCUAAUAUUCAAACAUUUUUGCUUGAGAAGUCUAGAGUAGUCCAAUGCAAUGAAGGGGAAAGAUCAUAUCACAUAUUUUAUCAGCUAUGUGCUGGUGCACCUCCAUCUCUCAGGGGAAAGCUAAACCUACAAAAUGCAGAAGACUAUAAAUAUCUGAGGCAGAGCAAUUGUUAUUCAAUUAGUGGUGUUAAUGAUGCAGACGAAUUUCGCACAGUCAUGGAAGCUCUAGAUGUUGUCCACAUCAGAAAAGAAGACCAGGAGAAUGUAUUUGCAAUGCUUGCUGCAGUAUUAUGGUUAGGAAACAUAUCAUUUACUGUGAUUGAUAAUGAAAAUCAUGUUCAAGCUGUAGAAGAUGAGGGUCUGUUCCAUGUAGCCAAAUUGAUUGGCUGUGACAUCGAAGAUCUCAAGUUGAUACUAUCAACUCGCAAAAUGAAAGUUGGUAAUGAUAAUAUUGUCCAAAAGUUGACGCUAUCACAGGCAAUUGAUGCAAGAGAUGCUUUGGCAAAGUCAAUAUAUGCAUGCCUGUUUGAUUGGUUGGUUGAACAGAUAAAUAAAUCACUUGCUGUUGGCAAAAGACGUACCGGCAGAUCAAUCAGUAUUCUAGAUAUCUAUGGCUUUGAAUCUUUCAAUAGGAACAGUUUUGAGCAGUUCUGCAUAAAUUAUGCAAAUGAGAGAUUACAGCAACACUUUAAUCGUCAUUUAUUCAAGUUAGAACAGGAGGAAUAUAUUCAAGAUGGCAUUGACUGGGCUAAAGUUGAAUUUGAAGACAACCAAGACUGCCUUAAUCUUUUUGAGAAGAGGCCACUGGGGUUAUUAUCCUUGUUAGAUGAAGAGUCCACUUUCCCAAAUGGCACAGAUUUAACAUUUGCUAACAAGCUUAAACAGCAUUUGAAUUCUAAUUCAUGUUUCAAAGGAGAAAGAGACCAAGCCUUUACUGUACACCAUUAUGCUGGGCAGGUAACCUAUGAUACAACUGGAUUUCUGGAGAAAAACAGAGACCUAUUGCACUUGGAUUCCAUCCAACUUCUAUCCUCUUGCACGUGUCCUCUUCCUCAAAUAUUUGCAUCUCAUAUGCUCACUCAGUCUGAUAAGCCGGCAGUUGGUCCCUUACACAAGUCAGGUGGGGCAGAUUCCCAAAAGCUAAGUGUUGCAACAAAAUUCAAGGGUCAAUUGUUCCGACUGAUGCAACAACUAGAGAGUACUACUCCACAUUUUAUUCGCUGCAUUAAACCGAAUAAUCUCCAAUCACCUGAAUCAUAUGAGCAAGGGCUUGUAUUGCAGCAGCUGAGAUGCUGUGGGGUCCUGGAAGUAGUUCGAAUAUCGAGAUCUGGCUUUCCAACAAGAAUGUUUCACCAAAAGUUUGCUAGAAGAUAUGGUUUUCUCCUCCUUGAUCAUGUUGCUUCUCAGGAUCCGCUUAGUGUUUCAGUUGCAAUUCUUCAUCAGUUUAAUAUUUUGCCUGAGAUGUAUCAAGUUGGCUACACAAAAUUAUUUUUCCGAACAGGGCAGAUUGGUGUGCUUGAAGAUACUAGAAAUCGUACCCUCCAUGGCAUUUUACGUGUCCAAAGUUGUUUCAGGGGUUACCAAGCACGUCAUUCUCUCAAGGAUCUUCGGGGAGGAAUCACUACUUUGCAGUCAUUUAUUAGGGGAGACAAAACCAGAAAGGCAUAUUCAGCAUUACUUAAGAGGCAUAGAGCUGCUGUUAUUAUACAGAAGCGCAUCAAAGCAGUAUUUGCAAGAAACAGAAUGAGGACUAUUAGUGAUGCUGCAAUAGUCAUACAAGCAGUUAUUCAUGGUUGGUUGGUCAGAAGAUGCUCAGGAAAUAUUGGAUUUUUGAAAUCUGGAGACAUGAAGAUGAAAGAGUCAGAUGAGGUUCUGGUUAAGUCAUCUUUCCUGGCCGAAUUACAGUGCCGGGUACUUAAGGCUGAAGCUGCCCUUAGAGAGAAAGAAGAGGAAAAUGACAUCCUUCAUCAACGUCUCCAACAAUAUGAGAGCAGAUGGUCUGAGUAUGAAUUAAAAAUGAAAUCCAUGGAAGAAGUGUGGCAGAAACAAAUGAGAUCCCUACAAUCUAGCCUCUCCAUUGCAAAGAAGAGCCUUGCUAUCGAUGACUCUGAAAGAAAUUCAGACGCAUCUGUUAAUGCAAGUGAUGAGCGGGAUUACAGCUGGGAUGUGGGAGGUAAUCACAAGCGCCAAGAAAGCAAUGGGGCAAGAUCAACGAGUGCUGGUUUAAGUGUUAUAAGUCGGCUGGCUGAAGAAUUUGAGCAUAGGAGUCAAGUAUUUGGUGAUGAUGCCAAGUUCUUGGUUGAGGUAAAAUCUGGUCAGGUAGAAGCAAGUUUGAACCCAGAUCAAGAGCUUAGAAGGUUAAAACAGAUGUUUGAAGCUUGGAAAAAGGAUUAUGGGGCAAGACUGCGUGAAACAAAAGUCAUUAUAAAUAAACUUGGAAGCGAAGAUGGCGCACUUGAGAAAAUGAAGAAAAAGUGGUGGGGAAGAAGGAAUAGUACAAGGAUAAAUUGAUUUUUUUUUUUCUUUUCAAAAUUUUAAUUUAUUAUUAUUAUUUUUUGGUUCGGCUUUGGUCUAUGCACUGUUUCAAGAGCAUUGCCAACUAUAUAUCCGGAAGUGAGGAAAAUACAAUAGGAAAGGUAAAAAAUAGAAGUGAUCGGAAGAGUCCAAGUAAUUUGGGUUAGUAGUUGCUAACCACCUUUCUUUUGUUUGUAAUUUCUGCAUGAGUUGUUAAGUAAAAUGUAUACCACAAACCUUAGUGAUUCGUGUAUAUCGCUGAUGCCCAUGCCUUUUUUGGUAUGUGGGUUGCAUGUCAAAUUUGUUGUGGAGGCCCAAAAUGUAAUAUACAGUAGCAGUUUGUUGGCCGUGCAAAAAUCAUUGUAAAAUACUGAUAUUUAUAGAAAUUUAAAAAUUGAUAUUCUUGUGAAUGUUGA